GCGGUUACUGGGUAGGAUGGUUUCGGGGAGGGUGUUUGUAAGGCUGCUGCGUGCACUCUCCAGUUCCAUGUCUCAGGCUCCCCUCGAGAGCGUGCCCCCCUCCAGGGGCCUGCACGCUGGGCGCGGGCCCCGAAGGCUCUCCGUCGAAGGCAACAUUGCUGUGGGAAAGUCUACCUUUGUGAAGUUACUCACAAAAACUCACCCAGAGUGGCACACAGCUACAGAACCUGUGGCAACAUGGCAGAAUAUCCAGGCUGCUGGCACGCAAAAAGCCUCCACUACCCUAAAUUCUGGGAACUUACUGGAUUUGAUGUACCAGGAGCCAGCACGAUGGUCCUACACAUUCCAGACAUUUUCUUUUAUGAGCCGCCUGAAAAUAGAGCUGGAGCCCUUCCCUGAGAAACUCUUACAGGCCAAGAAAGUGGUACAGAUCUUUGAGAGGUCUGUGUACAGUGACAGGUAUAUAUUUGCAAAGAAUCUUUUUGAAAAUGGUUCCAUCAGUGGUUUGGAGUGGCAUAUCUAUCAGGAAUGGCAUUCUUUUCUCCUGCAGGAGUUUGCCAGCCGGCUCCAGUUACACGGCUUCAUCUACCUUCAGGCUACUCCCCAGGUCUGUUUGAAGAGACUACACCAGAGGAACAGGAAGGAAGAGAGAGGAAUUGAGCUGGCGUAUCUCGAGCAGCUUCAUGGUCAACACGAAGACUGGCUUGUUCACAAGACCACCAAGCUCCACUUUGAGGCUCUGGUGGACAUUCCAGUGUUGGUGUUGGAUGUCAAUGAUGAUUUUUCUACAGAAGUAACCAAACAAGAAGAACUCAUGAGAAAGGUAAACGCCUUUGUAAAUAGUUUGUAACCAACACCAGGAUGUUCUGGCUGGGAUACAGGCUCUCUGACGCUCUGAAGCUAGAGAAAGACGGAGUCAGCCGCCUGUCCCGUGCUCACCGCCAUCUCCUUUUGCCCCAGAA